AUGCCAAGCAACAAAGCCUCCAAGCAAAAGCCUUGCCACCACUGCAACAGCAGGUUGGCCUCAGCGCCACCGGGCACCUCCACGAUCCACUAUGAGAAGUCGUGGCUGUACCGGCACUGCUCCCUGCAGCAGAGGGACAGACAGGCUCAGAAAUCGGGGCAGCUCUUCUCAGGGCUGCUGGCCCUCAACGUGGUGUUUCUGGGCAGCGCCUUCAUCAGCAGCAUGAUUUUCAACCACGUGGCCAUCACGCUGGCGGACGUCUGGAUCCUGCUGUCCAUCCUCAAGGUCCUGUGCCUGUGCUGGAUUAUCUACUACCUGCUGGGCACCAGCCGGCAGCCGCACGCUGUGCUCUACCGGGACACCCAUGCUGGGCCAGUGUGGAUUAGGGGGUCACUGCUGCUGUUUGGCACUUUCAGCAUCCUCCUGAACGUCUUUCAGAUUGGCUACAGUGUCAUUCAAAUCAACUGCAAAUCCAAAGUGGAAAUCGUGUUCCCCAGCAUUGAAAUCCUGUUUGUUGCCACCCAGGCGUUUUUCCUGUGGCAUCACUCUAAGGACUGCAUUCAAGUUCAGCACAACCUCACCAGGUGCGGGCUGAUGCUGACCAUCGCCACCAACCUUCUGCUCUGGCUGCUGGCGGUGACUAAUGACUCCAUCCACAUGGAGAUUGAAUCUCAGCUGCGAGAGGUGGAGCAGCGCCUGGCAGGCAAUGAGACGGACUCGUGCACGUGCCCAAACACAACCACCUGCAAAGUCUUCCAGAAGGGCUACAUCCUGCUCUAUCCCUUCAACACCGAGUACUGCCUCAUCUGCUGCUCUGUGCUGUACGUCAUGUGGAAGAACGUGGGGCGACGCAUCAGCCACCACCACAUCGCUCACGUCAAGCCCAAAUUCAAGCUCCAGGGAGUGGUCUUCGGGCCACUGCUGGGUGCUGCCGCCGUAAUCAUUGGGAUCUGCGUCUUCAUGAUGUACCAGAUCCAGGCCACAGGCUCAGCCCCCAAUUACCAGGUCUUCGUGUUGUAUUAUUCCUACUACAUCGUGCUCCUGCCCCUGAUGUGCGUGGUUGCAGUUAUUGGGACAAUCAUCCACACCUUGGAAAAAAGGGAGCUGGACACACUGAAGAACCCAACCCGCAGCCUGGAUGUGGUGCUGCUGAUGGGAGCAGCCCUCGGCCAGAUCGCCAUGUCCUACUUCUCCAUUGUCGCCAUUGUGGCCACCAACCCCAGGGACAUGCUGAACAGCCUCAUCCUGUCCUAUUCCGUCCUCCUCAUCUUUCAGUACAUCACCCAAAACAUCUUCAUUAUCGAUGGGCUCCAACGGCAGCCAUACGUAGCAGCAGAGGCCCAGCACACAACGCACGCUGGGCAGCUCUCCGCAGUCCCAGAGCUGCCUGGUGAAGGGGUGGCAGCACCAAGCAGCAAUCAGGAGCACUCACAGACCUCUCCCAGCAAGGAGGAAGAAGUGAGCGAAGAGCGCAGCCGCGAAGCCCCUGAGCAGAGGCGAGUCAGCGUGCUGGAGCUCGGGCAGGAGUUCCGGAGAGUUUCCCUGUCCUAUAUCCACACCUACUCUCACCUGAGUUGGAAGAGGAAAGCAUUAAAGGAGAUCUCCUUCUUCUUGGUUCUUUGCAACAUCAUACUGUGGAUCAUGCCCACGUUUGGGGCUCACCCCGUGUUUGAGAAUGGGCUGCAGAAGUCGUUUUAUGGCUACUCCACCUGGUUUGCCAUCGUGAACUUCGGCCUCCCGCUGAGCGUCUUCUACCGCAUGCACUCCGUCGGGGGGCUCCUGGAGGUGUACGUCUCAGCCUGAGCCAACCGAGGCCGCGGUGAGAUGGGACUGAACAAAGAUGCAGCAAAAGCAGCAGCUAUGCACGUGGAAGCA